AUGCAGACUACACAAAAACCCUUUAAACAGCUGGAUCCUAAUACUUUCAAAGACACAAAUCCAUUUAUUUCCCUAGUUCAUAACCAAAAGAUCGUAGAAGUCCCCCAGUUCACUUUAGAAUCAGGCAUUAAAAUCAAAAAUGUGCCGAUUGCCUAUAAAAGUUGGGGUAAAUUAAAUCAAAGGGGUGAUAAUGUUCUGGUAUUGUGUCAUGCAUUGACUGGUUCUUCAGAUGUUUCUGAUUGGUGGGGCCCCCUUUUAGGAGCCGGUUUAGCUUUUGAUCCAACCAAAUUUUUUAUUAUAUGUUUAAAUUCUAUGGGUUCCCCCUAUGGGUCGUUUUCGCCAUUAACUAUAAAUUCCAAAACUGGUAAACCUUAUGGCCCAGAGUUUCCAUUGUGCACGGUAAGGGAUGACGUUCUUAUUCAUAAAUUGGUUUUGGAUAACUUGGGUGUACAAAAAAUUUCAUGCGUUAUCGGUGGAUCUAUGGGUGGUAUGUUAACUUUAGAAUAUGCUUCCAUUUUUGGUUCUGAUUACGUCAAGAGCUUCGUUGCUCUCGCUACAAGUGCAAGACAUAGUGCAUGGUGUAUAUCUUGGUCAGAAGCCCAAAGACAAAGCAUAUAUUCCGAUCCCAAGUAUUUAGAUGGAUAUUACUCAUUGAAUGAUCCACCCUCUGCUGGUCUAAGUGCUGCAAGAAUGAGUGCUUUAUUGACUUAUAGAUCUAGAAAUAGUUUUGAGGAAAGAUUUGCCAGGAGGACUCCAACCAAAGAAAACUUGUUAAAAUCUAAAAGUAUACUGUUAUCCGAUGACACUUCGGCAAAAGAAUUAACGGGAACAGGUGAGUCAAAGGGUGCACACAAUGAUGAGGAGAAUUCUAAUGUUUUGGAACAAAAAAAUUUGGAAAUUCAUAAUGAUGGGCAUAGAAGGGGAAGCAGAAGAAGUAGUAAUAACACUGGUUUGCUUGGAACUACAAACUCUGAAACUUCAUCUAACUCGUCAAUAACGUCCGACAACGAAGACACUAGCUCUAUAAAGUCCGCUAGUUCUAGUUCUUCUGUCAUUACCAGUGCUGAUAAAAGUAAGAUUAUUAAGCCUGCACAAACUUUUUUCUCUGCCCAAAGUUACUUACGUUACCAGGGUGAAAAAUUUGUUAAGAGAUUUGAUGCAAAUUGUUAUAUUUCCAUCACUAGAAAAUUAGAUACACAUGAUUUGGCUAGAGAUAGAGAGGAAGAUAUUGAAGAUAUAAGAGACGUUUUGAAAUCCGAUACUCAACCUUGUUUGAUAAUUGGUAUUGAAAGUGACGGUUUAUUUACAUAUUCUGAACAGGAAUUCUUGGCGAAAUAUUUGCCCAAUUCCACUUUGGAGAAAAUAGACUCUCCAGAGGGCCACGAUGCAUUUUUAUUAGAGUUUAAAAGGAUAAAUAUUUUAAUUAGGGAUUUUCUAAGGACAAACUGUCCUCAGAUUGUAAGUUCUAAAGGUGUUGAAUGGAAUGAAGAAAUUCAUAUGGUGAAAAACAGUGUUUUUGGUGAAGCUGAGGAGGUAACUAACUGGUAA